GUACACCCCGAACAGAGGGCAAGUCACUCUCGUCUCCGGAUUUCGGUCCCUUCAUAGCCCGCCUUCCCCUCUUCUUAAAGCAAGCUUUCCCCUCCUUCACAUCAUCAGCUCCCUUCUCUUCUCUUUCAUCCUCGCAUCACCCAUUGCUUGUGAUUCAGUCCAUUGUAUCUAUCGAAAGGUCGGUAACCCACAGCAUGCCUUAAACGCAUUGUACAGCUGCAGCGCUGGCGGGCAAUUGAUCAAACCUUUGUGACGAGCACCGCUGACUUGGGACUCGGUGCUUAGCUUUCCACCUCACUACCACCCUAAGCACAACAGCAAACCACCACCAUGACAGAACCGCUCACCAAGGUCGACUCCGCCGUUCAAGGCCUCUCGUCAUCACCUACCGAGGAAAAGACAACCCGCCGGAAAAGCUCUAGUGUGCCUGGCGUGUACAACAUCCUUGACCUGGAGGAGGACGGGACGGAGCUUGAGCUCGCCGUUGAGACUCAGAUGACUGGGUGGAAAAUCAACAAGAGCCCGUCCACCGUGGAGGACCCCGACAUCCUCAAGCUGCACCUGACAAAACCGCCCGUGAAGCGCAUUGAUCUUCACUUCCCGCUGGGCAUGGAGGUGACCGCGCGGAACAUGAGGGGCGUCACCAUCAAGGACGCCCUUGACGUCAUCUACAAGGCCUUCCGCAAGAGGUCCGACGACGAGCUCGACAACCCCUACCUCGCAGGCUUCGAGUGGGACAAGGAAGAGUCCUGGACCCGGCUGGUCGUCCAUCUGCAGAAGCAGCCCACGAGCUCCAUGCCGAAAGGCGGCAACGCCAGCAGCAAGAAGAAGAAGAAGGGCAAGACCGAGGGGGACGAGUAAUGACUCUCCCACCCGCCCCAACACCCACCUGAUGUCUGUCUGUAUCCAAUAGUCUUCCCUUUUCAACAUUUGUUCUAGUUAUGGCUCAGCGGGUACGGAGAGUUUUGAGCCUGGCGCGAGCGGGAUAUUGUGAUUAGAUAUUCUCGGUCGGGGCAUUGAGCGGCCCGUGUCAAGACGCGUUGGGCCGUUUUGAUGUAUUAGUUGCAGGUCUUGUCGUAUUGCAAUCAACGGUCCUCGCGGCCAUGUUGCUUCCAGAUGUCAUGCCAUGAGCCGGUGAUGGGUAGAGCGUUCCUUGCAUUGCCCACUUGACAAAUGUCACGUCGGUAAUGUACCUGACAUGAUAGAGUCAUCGUCUUGCCUCUCCGGGGAUGAGAUUCGUUCUCGGAGUCCGGUGCGCGG